UUUGAUGAUGUUUAUAAUCACUUUAUCAUCAUAAAUUUACUUUCAAAACAGAGAUUUGUUGACAAUAAAUGUACAUAUAUAAUUGCAAAUACAUAUGCAAUGUUAAAUAGCAAGUUAAGAUUAAGGUUAUUUAAGCAUACAAGUAGAAGGAACAUCUAAAGAAAAAACAAUCAUUGUUUUAUUAUAGUAAGUGCAGUGACCAUGUUUUUGGCGAAUGCAGAAUUGUUUUAGCGUGGUUUCGCAACAAGUUGCCUAUAUGGUUAAACUGUGGUUAGUGUAGUAGUAAAACUAUUCGUCAGGAAGACUCGUCAAGAUUAGGAAGUAAUUUCAGUGGGUACACUACACACACGAGUGCCCGAACACAAUUUAAAUUAUUAUUUAUUUCUUUGCCAAAACAAGAAGUUAGUUGUGGGGGGUGAUAGGUAAAGUUUAACUUGACAGUUAACUAUAUGCAGUCAAUCGUUUUAUUUGACAUUAUUGGAGAACACUGCUAGUUUUAAGUUGCAUGAUUCCAUAACAUAAAUGUUCACUAUCUGACCAUUAUUUCACACGGACAGCGCGUCGCACGCGUGGCGCAGUGCGCUCACAGAAUAGUUUCUUUGAGUUCGCCAAAGCCACGCGCCCGGCGCGCGAAGCCCGAGCGGGGGAUUCGUGCAGGGGGCGGGGUUUUCCUUUGGGAGCGUGCGGUCCGAAUGGGGGUGGAGGUGUGGUGCACGUGUAGAAAAGGGCGAGCAAGUUCCUUCAAUCCCAAAUCAGUCGCCAAACAGGUGAUAUCGACAUUCAGCCAAACCCUCCUACGAUACGCUUCUUAAGAGCCACGCGAAAGGCACGAGCGCGGCGCUUUCCACCAAAACUCCCCACAGCAUCUGCAUCCGCUCACUUUCUCGUCUAUUUAUUUAUUUUAUACGUUUUGCAGAGAUGGAAGCAACUGUCAUCUCAACUCAGGUGUCAUUUUAUCAUCAGUUUUCGGAGAACUUUACGACUCAUCAGAAACAGGACAGGGAGCGCAGCUCUCCACGCACAGAGCCUAAAGUGCUGAAGAGACAGCGCUCCAGCAGCCCAGAGCUUCUGAGGUGCAAGAGGAGACUGACAUUCAACGGACUCGGCUAUUCAAUCCCUGAGCAGCAGCCCGUGGCUGUAGCCAGGCGCAACGAGCGCGAGAGAAACAGAGUCAAGCAAGUCAACAUGGGCUUCCAGACGCUUCGCCAACACGUGCCCAACGGAGCCGCGAACAAGAAAAUGAGCAAAGUGGAGACGCUGCGGUCGGCGGUCGAGUACAUCCGUGCGCUCCAGCAGCUUUUAGACGAACACGACGCCGUGUCUGCCGUGUUUCAGUGCGGCGUCACUUCUCCAGCUGUCUCCAAUGCGUACUCGGCGGGCCCGGAGUCUCCACAUUCAACCUACUCCUCUGACGAAGGCAGUUACGAGCCUCUCAGCUCAGAAGAACAAGAGCUGCUCGACUUCACGACAUGGUUCGACAGAUAUUAACCAGGUGUUUUAUUGGCUGAUAAACAUUGGUGCUGAAUGGACAGCACAUGGACGGUGAUGCGCACUGGUGCGCACGAAGGGACCGAGGUGAUUGAUGGAGCACUAGCCACACAGAGGACUCUAUUUGUGCUGAUCCACACAUAUGCAACACUUUGAAAACAUCUUAAAUGCACAGGAUUUGAAGCGUGCGCGUAAAUCUACACCUGGGACAUCUGCUGACCUGUGUUUCUUCACCCCAAGAAACAUCUCAUGAUUCAAAUGUGUAUUCAACAAAUUUGCUCUGUUGAUGCAAUAAUAUUUAAAGGUGAACGAAUGAGUUAUUUUAUACUUUCACAAUGUACAAAUAACGAGGCAAGCAGUUAAACGAGUAGCUAAAGGAGUGAGAAAAUAGUGCCAUGUACGGAGUCUGUUAGGGAAUACACUAACGUUACACUAGGCAGCCCACAGGCAACCUGUAUAUCUUAAUAUUUUGUGCUAGACAUGCGGCAUUGUUUUUUUACUGGAUGAAUAACUUUUGUAUCAAAGUGUGCACUUGUGUGUUUUCAUACAAACUUGUGUAUAUGCAAUUUUUUAUUAAGAGAAACCCUAUUUUAUGUAAAAUAAAAGAUUUUAUU